AUGAUUUUGCUGUGCAUCCUCAUCCUUCUGGCUCUCUGCAGGCCUGCAUAUGGCACCUGUGGGCAGACCUGUGGGCUCCGGCCCAUGAUCGCUCCCCUGGGCUCAACGCGCGUUGUGGGCGGCACAGACGUCAUGCCGGGGAUGGGGGCCUGGGCGGGCAUUGCCAGCGUCCGCUGCUACUGGAACCCGCCGGUGUCUGUGCACGUCUGCGGAGGGACCCUCGUCGGCGCUCAGUGGCUCCUGACGGCUGCACACUGCUUUAUCAACCGCACCAACCCUCUCAGCGAGUGGGCCAUCGUGCUUGGGGCCACCUCCUUGGGCCAGUCAGGCCCUGACGUGGAAGUGCGCCGGAUUAAGCGUCUGAUCCUUCAUGAAAAAUACACUCCUGAACUUGAGUAUCACGACAUCGCCUUGCUGGAAUUGGACCGUCCAGUCCAGUGCAGGUCUUCCAUCCAGACUGCCUGCCUGCCUGGUCCUUCGGUGACGCUGUCGGACCUGACAAACUGCUACGUUGCUGGCUGGGGUGACAGAAUUGUCAAAUCAUCAGGGAGAGAUGUCCUGCAGCAGGCCAAGGUCCAAGUCGUGGAUAACCAGCUCUGCAACAGCAGCGAGUGGCUGCAGGGAUACAUCCACGACUUCCAAGUGUGUGCUGGGCAAGGAGGUGUUGGCACCUGCCAGGGUGACAGCGGGGGACCUCUUGUCUGCCGAGAUAGGCGUGGUGGCUUCUUCUGGCAAAUUGGCGUGACCAGCUGGGGAGUCGGCUGCGCCAGACCUAAACGGCCUGCAGUCUCCAGCUCCACUCAGUACUACUACAACUGGAUCUGGAGCACGAUGGGAAGAAAGCCAGCACCAGCAGCUACUCCAGCGCCAGCACCACUGCCAACCUACACCGCAGCCCCCCCGCAGACAGUAACUCCAAGACCAACACAGCCCUGUCCAUUUCCACAUGAAAAGCUGCAGCAAUUCUUUGAUCUGCUGAAGGAUAUCUUGCGGUACCUAAAGGAAAAAAUGUUUUGAACUGCAGAAUGGACCACCUGCAGUUCACACUAUAAUGGGCUACAACCCUUUCCUUCUGUGUUACAUUAAUUUGAAUUUCAUUAAGCUGAAUUAAAGUUUAAAUU